ACGUUUCCCUUUUUCUUCCAGACUAGUGAACGGCGCGCUGGAGGAGGAGCUUGAAAGACCAUCCACGCCUUCUCGAUGAAGACCCUGACGCCCGAGCAAUGGGAGAAGCAGAACCAGUAGCUCGCCGUCGGGUUGCCAGGUCCGUCGGGGAGCAGAGUUCACGCCUCGGGGUGAGCGUCCGAGAGGAGGUGUGACGUCGCCCGCUCUGGUGGUCGAGUUUUUUGAAGUGUGUGUGAACUGUUCCUCAGAAACUGGAAAGGGAGAAGAAAAAGGCAACUCAUUCCUUUUACUCUGUGAAAUCGCUAUUUCUCUGCUUGGUGAUGUCGGGUGAGGACGCCUCGUGGUCGGGGGAGGUGAGGGUGAGCGCGCCGGGGAAGGUGAUCCUCCACGGCGAGCACUCCGUGGUGUAUGGCAAGCGCGCCGUCGCACUCGGCCUCGACCUGCGCACUCACCUCACGGUCUCCGCCGCCGCCGACUCGGUGUCCCUCUGCCUCCCCGACGUCGACAUCAGCAAGACGUGGUCGCUGGAGGAGCUGCGGGCCCUGUGGAAGCAGAUGGGCGGCGCGCAGGCUCCGGACGCCGCGCCGCUGGCUGACGCCCAGGCCGCUCUCCUGCGCAGGUUCCUGGGGCAUCGAGGGCGGAGAGGCCGGCAGCCCGACUCGCAAGCUGGCCCUGCUGUCGUUCUCCACCUUACCUGGCCAUUCCUGCCGCGGCCUCUUGCCUUGCGCAUCUCGGUCAACAGUCAGCUCCCGACCGGCGCCGGCCUCGGCAGCUCUGCGGCCUAUGCGGUGUGCUUGUCGGGGGCGCUGCUCACAUCGCAGGGACGCCUCGACCCGGGCGAAGGCAGGGCCAACCUGGAGAAGGUGUGCCGGUGGGCCUUCAGGAGCGAGCAGAUCAUCCACGGAACACCCUCGGGCAUCGACAAUUCCAUCUGCACGUACGGCGGCGCAGUCAACUUCAAGGGCGGCGCCAGCACGCCCGUUGAAGUGCCGCCCCUGCAAGUGCUGCUAGUGAACACGAAGGUGCCAAGGAGCACCAAGGCACUUAUCUCGGGGGUCCGCGAGCGUCGUGAGCGGCACCCGAGUGCCAUCGACCCGAUCCUGGACUCGCUGGACGCCCUGGCCGAGCGAGGAAUCCAGGCGCUGCACGACCUGGCCUCGGCGACCAGGGACCAGGACCGCGCCGCCGCCCACGAGACGAUCGCGGAAUUGAUCGAGAUCAACCAGGGUUUGCUGUGCGCCCUGGGCGUGUCGCACCCGAGCCUGGACCGCCUGGUGGCCCUGGCCCAGGCGAACGGCCUCCGGGCCAAGCUGACGGGCGCGGGGGGCGGGGGGUUCGGAAUCGUGGUGGAGGGCCUCGCCGGCAAGGAGGACGUGGCCAAGUGCUGCCUGGACCUCGAGACCCACGGCUACCAGGUGUGGCGCACUCGCCUCGGGGCGCCGGGGUUCACCAUCCACCACGCGCAGUGACUGCAUUUGCUUGUAGAAGAUUUUUCUGUUAGGACUUUUGACAUUAUUACCAAGCACUGAGUAGACCUGGAUGUAAUCCUGUUGUUGGUUUCCAAGUGAAAGGUUGAACAUGUCUGUGAUUAGUAAAUGACAAUAUUUCUUGAUUUGAUACAUGAUAAAGGCUAAGAUAUAGAUUUUAGGCCAGUGCUUGGCUCUCGUUCGUUUCCAGCGACACAAAAUACUCCUGUUACAGCAUUUAAAUCAUUUGUUACUGUAAUGUCAUUUAUUUUAGUAAAUGAUUCGGGCAUGGCA